CGGCCCCCGGCGCCUGGGUGUGGAGCCCUCGGCCAGCGCAGGGCCAGGGCCCCUCCUCCCGGCCGCCGGGCCCGGCUCCGCCUCUCUGGCUUCUGCGCGCGCGGGGCUGGUCUUGCUCGCGGCAAGCACCCCUGAACCAGGGGAAACGGGCUGGGGGGACGCCUGUGCUUGAAGGCCCCGAUGUAGGGGCGCCAGUGAGAUGAGGAGACCCUGAGAUCGCCGCGGCCGGACGCAGAGCAGUCGGCGCGCCUGUGCACCAUGCCGCUCCCGCCGAUCCUCCAGCAGCAGCAGCAGCAGCAGCAGCAGGCGGCCCAAGGGUGGUCCGCCUCGGCCACGGCCGCGCGCGAGGUGCCCGGGAGGCUGGGCGCCCCGAGGAGGGCGGCGGCGCCCGUCUGCGCUCUGCCCAGCACCUCGCCACCCUCGGCCGCAGGCGAGAGGAAGAAAAGGCCCCCUGAGCAGCCCGAGGCGUUGCUCUCCAGCUCGUGGCCCUCGGCCACCGUGAAGAGGCAAGUGGCUCGGAGGCCCUCGGCCUCCCCGGCCAGCAGGCCCCCCGCGCCGGGACCCCUGCGCCCGCCGCUGCCGGCCACGUGCGCGCCCGCGGGGCUGGGCCGCUCCUGCGACGGCCUGACGCCGGGGGCCUCGGUAGGGGCCGGGCCGGGGGCCGAGGACGCCGUGCGCUUCUCCCUGAGUCUGACUCCCGAGGCCGUGCUGGUGAUCCAGAGGCGCCACCUGGAGAAGCAGCUGCUGGCGCGGCCCCGCCGGCCCGGCCCGUCGCCUGCGGCGGACCCCAAGCGUCCCUUCGCGUCCUGUCCCCGGGCCAAGGCCGCGGGCCCCUCGGCCGCGGGCCUGGGCCGCCGCGCACCGCAGAGCCCGCUCCUGCCCGGCGGCCUGCAGCCCCCCGGCGGCGGCGGUGGCGGUGGCGGCGCGCGCGGCGGGGACCUCCGGGCCCUGCUUAAGAUCUCGCUGCUCAACGAGCGGCACAAGUACGACGACGUGGAGUACGAGGACGAGGCCGAGGGCGUGGACGAGGGCCUGGUGCGGAAGUGCACCGAGUGGCUGCGCGGCGUGGAGACGGCGGCCGCCACGCGCGACCGCGCCGAGCGGCUGGAGGCGCUGCCCCACCUGGGCACCCUGUGAGCCCGCGGGCCCUCGGGGAGGCCGACAGGGCCGCCCCUCCCAGGCCCUGCGCGCCCGAGGCCCAUCAACCACGCCUGCACCCGAGGCUCCCAGCUGGGCCGCCACGUGCCAUCGCUCUCCGUCUUCUGCCUCUCCGGCCCCAGCAGCCAGCCCUUGGCACCAUGCUGGCCUCCUCCGAGCGCCCACUGGUGUCCUUGCGGCUCCCGGGGCGGGGGUGUGGGAGGGGACCGGCAGCCGAGAUGAAGCCUCCCGCCCCCCAUCAGGGUUUGUUCACACGUGGGUGGGAGGAGUGGGGUGGCCAUCGCCAAGCUUGCAGCGGCGCACACCUCUUCUGUGGCUGGAGCUCUCUGGACACGAGGCGACUCGGGCGGGGAGGUGGCGGGAAGGGGCGGCGGAUGGGCAGAAGUGACCGCCAGCCCGGCCAGCUGCGGUGUCUGGGGUGGUGACGGUGGCCGUCCGCGGUAGCACUUGGUCCUGGGGCUGCGCUGCUAAGUCAGAGGUCGUUGGUACUGGAAGACUUGGAAAUUCGAGUUGAUCUAAUUGCCUAACUGGGAAGUGGAAGAGUAACGAUCACCAGGAACUAGCAGGCCCUGGUAACUGCAUACUUCAAGUGGCGCAUUCCUGUGUUCUCUCUUGUCCUGCAAUAGGUGAUGGGUCCUGGCUUUGUCGCUGGCGUGUAGCGCGCCUCCCUGGGAGAUUGCGUUGCGGGCAGGAGCCAGACAAGGGUGCUCCUUUGUCGAAAAACCAUAGUCUUUCUUUGACACCCUCACGAAAUAUCUGUUGUGUUUCAGAAAGAAAAGGACAAACCAAAUGGAGAGGGGUUGGGGCAAUGCAGAAAACUGUGGCCAGAAGCAAAGCAAAAUGUUCCUGGCAACUGUAUUUGAGGGAGGAGAUGGGGAAACCCUGGGGCGGGGUGUUGGGUAGGUGUGUCUUUCUUUUUCGUAUUGUAAUCGCUGUGUGAAAAUCACUGACAUGGUGGCCUUGUACAGUUAUAGUUAGUGAUAAAAAGAACUUUUCUAUUUAUUAUUUAAAUAGCCAAAUUCCUCUGCCUUUUAGUAGCCAUGCCUGCUCCUCUCCAAGUCUAGGCAAAUUAACAGAUAUUUUUUGUUCCAUGAACCUGAGAACAUUUAACUGGAAUGCUGAGAUGGAAAUAGAACGUGAUCAGAUAAGGUUUGAUUGUAGAAGAGUAAUUUUUACCUCAAUUUUUGACUUACUUUGUGAAAUUUGAUAACUCGCUUAAUGUUUUUCUUGUUAGACUUUAAUGGGUCAAGUUUACUUACAUUUUAAAUUGAAGCCUUACAUUUUUAAAAACCAGUGUCUGUUUCUUGUGGAGGUGUCGGCUCUAAUGUCUGCUUUUAAGGGCUAGGCACAAACUUGGCUGUGAAUUUCUCAAUUCCGUGGGAGCUAGAAUGGCCACCAGGGGCUUGCAAAAGUAAAAUCUCUACUCCCACUAAAGCUUCUCUUUUCUGACCCCUUCUUGAGUGCAGAGUAAUAGACAUUUUUUUCUACCUAAAAUGAAUAUAUGUACUAAUUAACACUAGAGAUACAUAAUUAGCAAUGCCUGCAACAGUGAAAUGGAGACACAGAUCUCACCAGGUGCUUCUGAAUCCUUCCUGCCCUACCCAGAUGAAAUCUGCAGGAUUCAGUCCCUCUAGAGAAGGAGCUGUUCUGGGGUGGAGAGGGAGGGGACAAUGUCCCUGCACAAGACUUGCUGCCAGUCAAGUGGUCUCAUUAUGUCUUUAGUGCAAAUGCCAGUGAUUACACUGUCCAGAUAUCUGCCCACGGUUACGAUAAAAACAACAUUGGAAAAGGGAAAAAAUGUCCUGGUCACAUCCCAAAGGAGCAGACUUUAUGAAGCCUCUUUCGGUUUUCACUAUUGUGUGUCUUCCUGGUUCUGUUUUCGUGCUGUGUGCGCCUGCCCCUUCCCUGUCCCUGUGUCUGUCCCUCUGUCCCCACCUUUCUCUUUGUCUGGUGUUCUUUUGCUCACCCUCCCUCUUUCUCUAGGUCCCCUGUCCCCAUCUCUCUUUCUGCACUGGCCACAAUGCAAAAUUAAAGUACUUUUGUCCUAAUUGGCGUUCAUUAAAUAGAGUUCUUUGUGCCUUGUUCUUCACAAGCAGAUGUGUGGGACAUUUAUGUUGCCCUUGUUGAUGAUGCUUGAUAAAAAGCAGAAGUUUCCUCACAUGAUACGUGAUAACUACCCAUUGCAGUUGUCGACCUUUGGAGAAAAUCUUGUAAGUCUCUGUGCUACGAUUUUAAAUGCGUAAAUAAAAGAGAAAUUCUGUGAC